AUCUUGUGAGACAACAUAUAUUUUGUAAGUUCUAAAUUGCUAAUUACCUCUAUGCAAGAAUGGAAUGAGUACCCUUUAUUUAGAUAAAGUGAAACAUAAUAUAAUUUGAAGUUGAAAAAUGUUAUCAUAAUUUACAUGGCACACAGUUUAUGCAUUCACAAUCACAGGUGAUUCAAAUUUUUUUUCUCUCAGGCCUUUUCCAAAACUAUAUAAAAAGGAAUGACUUAAAGGACUACUACAGCACUUAAAAGGUUUCAUCAAAACUCUUUUAUGGAUCAGCUCUGCUGAUAGAGCCGUCCAGCUCCCCCGCAGGUCAGUGACUCAGGGCUCAUUUCCAGCUCUCUGUGCAGACCUACGCAAUGCGGACAGUCCACCUGGCGGGUUGCCAGCUCGGAUCAUUCAAUAUUGAAUUUAGUAGAUGUUACGUUUUUUUUUUGUUGAGUAAUUAAGGUUGUUUUUUUGGUCUGGUUUUGAGAUGGAAAUUAACUGAGUUUGUCUUUCAUUACUGUGUCUUUACAGCCCACAAAACAAACAGAGCCAUUGCAUUACAAAUGAUUUGUUGUGGUCAGAGCAAGAUUAUGGCUUCAAAUCAAAUGUCAUUUUACUGUGUAACUAUGAUCUGUUGACCAUUAUGCUGUCAGGCAUCGCCUCAGGGAAAAUGUACAUUUAGCAAUUCUCUUUACUGCUGCAUAUUGACUAAAUGUCCAAACAACCAAAAAACUGGUGAAUUUUCAACAUCAAUGUUUGGUUUCUUUGACAUGGUGAAACGCCUACCUCGUUAGGUUGUGUGUGUGUGUGUGUGUGUGUGUGUGUGUGUGUGUGUGUGUGUGUGUGUGUGUGUGUGUGUGUGGGGUGCUUCGUUAGGUCAGUGAUGUACUAACCUCCCAUGGGAACAUUCAUCUGGUUUCCCUUUAACUAAUUGGGAGAGAGGGAGCAGGUCAGUGGGAUAAAAGGAAGAGGCAGAGACGGAGGAAGACAGACUGUGUAAGAGGAGGAACGAAUGGGAGAGGCUUAAUUGAAUAAAAGCCUCUGUUAGUCUUAGAUGCUGUAAAUAAGGAGGACAUUUAAAUGGAGGUCCAUUCCUUAUUGAAUCCCUCUGGGGGACUCAGUUACCUCUCUGUCUUCUCUUUUAUUUUUCAGAGCAUCACUCUCUAAUGCCAACUUCCACUACCCCACCUUCAAUUUAAACAAACCCUUUGACUGAAAUAAAUCUGUUACACCUAAACUGAUUACCAGUGUUUGGAUAGAGCAGCAUAUCCAGGGCAGCCUCACUUCUUCCAACCCCCACUCCCUAUUCUCCCACCCCUCCCAACUCUAGCACACACAGCAUAUUCAUGAUGAAGCAUUCUGCUGUUUAAACUGGCUGAUCUGUCUCUCUGCAAGCCCUAAAUCAACCUUAUGGGCCAUUUUAGAAAUUACUACCACUAAGAACUGCAUACAUACACUUUUCCCCCCAUUUGUGCUCAGAAAAGCGGGUCAUGCUCACAUGCAUCCGUGGCUUCUGCUGAUCCUGAUGCUUGAAUAUGAAAUGAUAUAGCAGCCAAUAUUUUGAUGGAAAUCUCCCUUGUUACUAACCUGUACUGUCAACAAUGUAUCCGAGCUGAGUUUCUAAAAUAAAAUUAAAUUUUUUAACAAAGUCUAUUUUCUUCUGUGUGAAUUCUUAUUUAACAAUCCUAACAAUAAAUAAAUAUUACAAUUUUGGGAAUAUGCUUAUCGGCUUUCUUACCGAGAGUUGGUGCGAAGAUUUAUACUACUGUUUGUACAAAAAUUAAGCUUUUACCAGCAGCUGGCUAACUUAGCUUAGCAUAAGACUUAAAACAGCAAGCCUGGCGUCCAUUUGACACAUUUGUCGUUCGCAUAUGCAAUUUAACAACUUCAUUUUAGACCUAUAGGACAUCCAGAGGUCCUGAAAACCUUUUUUUUAUCCAUCAGCCUAUUCAUAAUAAUGGAGUCCUACAUGAACACAGCAUUUCUUUGUCAAAGACACAUCGACAGAUUGGAUUUGUGUUUUCGUCUGCGCUCUUUUCACUGGUUUGAAGUGGGCAGGGCUCGGUUGGAAAAAGGUGAGGCCGUGUUUUUCCAUGCACCAAUUACAAUUUAGCAACAUCUGAAUCAAAAAGUGAUGGCAGUCUGAACUUUAAUUGUAAUUGUUUCAAAUAUUUUAUGUUGCAGAGAAAUAGGCUAUUUAAGAUUUGAGACCAAGAGGCUUUAAUAAUAAAGGAAAGAAAAAUGAUUGUCCCUCCUCUUGGACAUGUCAGCUGUGUUGCUAUCUCUCCUUCUUUGUACGGAAAUGGAAAUAAAUAAGGGAAGAACACCGCAAUAUACCUUGAAGACGGAACCUGAUAGAAAUAUUUUAAAAUAACCCUGAUCGAGUUAGAGCAGAUCAUUUUCAUGUAACACUUUUGUAAUGAUAAUACCCAGAGCUUAAGUAAUAAAGGAAGGAGCGAAAUCUGCCUCUUGUCAGUUUUUACGAUGAGAAGCACUUGCAUGAUUAGAUGUCUUGGGAUCGAUGCAGCCUCUUCUCCCAAUCAUUAAGACUGCUCUUAACAGAUUACAGCCCCCUCCCAAACACACAUAGUUUUUUUCUCUUCCUGCUCCUCCUUCUGUCUCACAUACUCUUUCUUUCAGCAGAUAGAACAGAAGACUUCCUCUUUAGCACUUCUUUAGCUUAUUUUAUCCUUUUUAGGGCAUUUUCUUACACCCUAAGCAACAGAUCACUUCCUAAGGUUCAGGUAGAUUUUCUUCACCUGAGCUCCACUGAUGACCAGAUGAGCAGACAUCGGAAUGAAAAAGACUGAACCAAAAUACAAGUGGUGCUGGUGAAUAGCUGACAAAGAUGGACCUGCUAACAAUCUUCUGUCACCUCCUGCUUUUAUGUUUUGAUCCAUCUGCAGCUGCAAGCCUCAUUACAGCGGACAUAUUCGAAGCCAGAGGUCAACGUGUGUGCAAGGCAGGAAAAGGGAGGCCAUGUUACAAGCUGGCCUAUUUCUCCGAGUUCUGGCGAAGGCUCACCUUUGUACAGGCAGAGCUCGCAUGCAGACGGGACGGAGGGCAGCUGCUGAGCGUGGAGUCGGCUUCUGAGCAGAAGAUCAUAGAGCAGCUCAUCACAGAGCUCCGCCCAACUGAUGGAGACUUCUGGAUCGGUCUCCGCCGUAACCAUGGAGAUGAGAAGAGCAGCUUGGACUGCCACUCUCAGUACUACUGGCUGGACGGCAGCAAGUCCACAUUUAGGAACUGGCAUUGGGAUGAGCCAUCAUGCGGCUACGAGGCGUGUGCGGUAAUGUAUCACCAACCGUCCGCUUCGGCCGGUCCGGAGGAGGAAGAGAAAUAUAUGUUCCAGUGGAAUGACGAUAAUUGUGAUACCAAGAACAACUUCAUCUGCAAAUACACUGCAGAUAAGCCACUGGACCCUUCUCCUUCUCCCAACUCCACUCAAACAAAUGUAUUCCCUUCAUCUGUGCUGCCGUGGAAUCCAAGUGACCAUAACCAGGGCAGCAGCACAGCUCUGAAUUUGGUUUACGUCAUCAUUCCCACGAUUCCCCUGAUACUGCUGUUACUGACAGUGAUUGGAGUCUGCUGCUUCAAACUGCUUUUCAGACGAAGGAGGAAACCGCAGAAAUCAGAAGUAUGCCAGACAGACCGGAGCCUCUGCCCCAGCCCGACUCCAACUGACGUCUACAACGUCAUUCGCUCCCAGAAGGAGGAUGACCUGGUUUCAGCUCGCCCACACACCAAAAACACCUCCUUUUUAUGCUCCUCCCCUGACACCCCAACAGGUGACUACGACAACCUUGGGGGUAGGGACACAGAGAGCGGCUUUGUGACGCUUGCCAGCACAGAGAGCUGCUUCCUCAACUUUGAGCUCAAUGACCACAGCCUUGGGCGUCGUGCCACCCGUGACUUCUAUGACACCAGCUUGGGCCGUCCAGGAAAAAGGGACUUGAAUGACAGAAGUCUGGGCUCCACUGGGCACAGAGAGUUUUAUGACAGGAGUCUAGGUCGUCGUACGACAAAGAGUGAGCAUUACGGCAGCAGUGUGUAUGCUGAUCGUGGAUUGUAUGAUGGCAGUACCAGAGGAGGGAGUGACCUCUAUGAUGCCAAACUGAGGCCUGGAAGUCACACGGUAAAGGCUGACCUCUAUCAGACAUACAUCACCAACGGCAAGGAAGACACUUACCAAACCAGCCUUGGAACCUAUGGAAACCGAAAAUCCUACCAAGCAAAUCUGGAUUGCUACAGAAAUGGCCUGAAUCUUGAUGUCGGAAAGAGAUACUUCAAUGAACAAGAAUGGAUCAACAGAGAAAACUACUGAUCCUCUGAAAAGCUCCUUCAUUGUUUGUACAGCAGUGUAUGUGUGAUUGUAAAAACAGUGCACGUACAGUACCCGGUUGUAAUUGUUAGUAGGGUAUGUUUCUAAAGCCCUUCAUGGGAUAUAAAUCAGGUAAGGACUGGCUGAAAUCAUAUUUUGUCGCUGACCCCACAAUUCAACCUGUAGCCCGUUGAUAGACUAGACCAGUGUGCCAAUUAGUUGUGGUAAUCAAACACAGAUUUGUUUAGGAAUAUUAAUUUAGAAUUAAAGGAUCAUCUUACCCAAAUUACAGAAAACCAUUUUCUCACUUAUCUGUAAUCAGGUCUAGCCAUGCAGGUAGUUUGGGUUUGAUUUGUUUAAAUUUUGUGACAUCUGUCCCUGAGAUUUCUGACUCCACCCCAAUUUAAUGGAGUAGAAUGAACUUUUGUUUGUGGUGCUCACUGCAUUGGAUAAAUACAUUUAAAUAACAGCAUCAAAAACAGUGCCUAGGUCACUCUGAAUAAUCCUCACACCUACACCUUUCACUGUUCUACCGUAGUGCUAUGAGCAAUCAAAGUCCAAUCACCUUUACUAUAUAAGGGUGGCGAACCGAGACUUAAAAGUCGUCUUGAGAUUGUUUACAGGUUAGGGAGUGCUACCACCUAUGUGAAAAAAAAGUUGUUCAAAGCCUUUUGUGGCUCCAGAGGGAGCUGCGUGAAGUCUUAUAAAUUGCCUUAAAUGAUGUCUCUUAAUUCAGUGUCGGUUGGUGCUGAUGACCGCAAGUUUGAAAAUGAAAGAAAUCUGGGGGUGUGGAGUUAGAAGGAAGUGAGGUUACCAGACCUCUGUAGCCCGCUCCCCAUCUCUGCUUGAGGCUCAAGGCUACAUUAGUCAUGACACACCUGAAUCUCAGACCAAUCUAUUGGUGGUUGAGUUGCAUUAUGGGUAAUGUAGACACCAAGGUUUGACAAGAAAGAAGUAUGCGUGGAUCCAUUUUUUUAAAUUGUCCAUUGUGAGUCCGACAAUGUUAUAGCGCAAUGCUAAAUUGGUGGAGUACUCUUUUAACACAAGCCCAUACUGCAUGACUUGGCCUCAAGACUAGAUCAUUUCUCGGGCCUCUCUAUAGGCCCCAAUCAUUUCACUUGAUGCUUAAACUAUGCAUAUCUCAAACAUACUUUCUUUUAGAUAAAUUACCACAAAGAAAUGCACACACAGGAAACCUGGGGUUUUUCAGAGGCAGUUGAUACUCCAGCUUUGAGGAGAAUAGGUUGAGUAAAGAAGCCAAGUUAAACCUCAAGUAAUAGCAUGGAGUGUCUCAGAUCUGACUGAAUGAUUAUGAACGACUUUGUGUAGCAGCCUGUUUGCAUGGCCUUGUGGGGCAACCUCUAGCUCACCUGGUAGAGUGUGUGCCCCAUUUAGCCUGAGUCCUUGGCAGCAGCCCGGGUUGGAAUCCGACUCGUGGCCCUUUGCUGCAUGUCACCCCCCCUCUCCUCUUAUAAAAAGCCACACAAAAAAAAUCUGCAUGGCCUUGUCAUGCUGCCCUAGCUUGGUAGGAUACCUACUGAGGUCUUGGACCCUUAUUUUUGCUAUGCCUGAAAAUACUGUUACCAAGUUUACCUGCUAUAAACAGGCUACCUCAAACAGAUUAAGACACAAUACACCCAAUACUGCUUGAGCGAAGGCUGGAUAUUUUUUUAUGUACUGCAAGUGUGUUUUGACAUGGCCUUAAAUUGUGAGAUGUCCAGAACUUGAACUGAAUUUCAUUGAUACACUUGUUCCCUUAUUUAUAAAUGGCGUUAUGUCUCCUAUUGAGAAAAUCAAAGACAGCCCAAAACAAUGCUAGCGAGUGGAAAGGUGGCUCAUACAGUGAAUUUGAGUGCCUGCAGCCUGACCACAGCAAAGGCAUGAUAUUGAAGAGAAUGAUAAAAUAUAGCAUCAUUAUUAUUAUUUAUUCAGAAUGUAUAAUGCCUUGACAUCUCUCCUGUAAGUGAGAGUGGUUUGUAUGUUUGUUACAUAAGGAAAUCUUCAAAUAAAAUGAGAUUAGAAU